GCCGUGCCGGAGGUGAGCAGGAAGCAGACGGCCGCCCUGCAGCCCGUGGGCCGGAGCAGGGAACCGGAGUGGUGGGUGACGGCCGCUGAGAGACGCCGAGGCCUCGGGCAGGGCCCGGCCCGCGAUUGCAGGUCUGUGGUGGGGGCCACAAACUAAACAAGAUGAGACGGUUCCUGAGAACUGGACAUGACCCUGCCCGGGAAAGGCUAAAGCGGGAUCUGUUCCACUUUAACAAGACCGUGGAGCAUGGCUUCCCACACCAGCCCAGCGCCCUUGGCUAUAGCCCUUCACUGCGCAUCCUGGCCAUCGGUAUCCGCUCUGGAGCUGUCAAGCUAUAUGGUGCCCCCGGGGUAGAGUUCAUGGGGCUUCACAAGGAGAACAAUGCUGUGUUGCAGAUCCACUUCCUGCCUGGUCAGUGUCAGCUGGUCACUCUGCUGGAUGACAACAGCCUGCACCUGUGGAGCCUGAAUGUCAAGGGUGGAGUGUCAGAGCUGCAGGAAGAAGAGAGCUUCACAUUGCGUGGCCCCCCAGGGGCUGCCCCCAGUGCCACGCAGAUCACUGAGAUCCUACCUCAUUCCUCCGGAAAACUGCUUUACCUGGGCACGGAGAGCGGGAGCGUGUUCGCGGUGCAGCUGCCGGGGUUCCGCAUGCUGGACGACAGGACCAUCAGUUCAGAUGCCGUACUGCAGUGGUUGCCAGAGGAAGCCCGCCACCGGCGAGUGUUUGAGAUGGUGGAGGCUUUGCAGGAGCACCCUCGAGACCCCAACCAAAUCCUCAUUGGCUACGGCCGAGGCCUUAUCGUCAUCUGGGACCUUCGGGGCAGCCGAGUGCUCAGUCACUUCCUCAGCAGCCAGCAACUGGAGAAUGUCAGCUGGCAACGGGAUGGCUGCCUGAUUGUCACCUGCCACUCUGACGGCAGCCACUGCCAGUGGCCUGUGUCCAGUGACGCCCAGAACCCAGAACCUCUACGCAGCUCAAUACCUUACGGUCCCUUUCCUUGCAAAGCUAUAACCAAAAUCUUCUGGCUUACCACCAGACAAGGGUUGCCCUUCACCAUCUUCCAGGGCGGUAUGCCACGGGCCAGUUAUGGGGACCGCCACUGCAUCUCAGUGGUCCACAACGGCCAGCAGACGGCCUUCGACUUCACGUCUCGUGUCAUCGACUUCACUGUUCUCACGGAUGCCGACCCUGCGGCUGCCUUUGAUGACCCCUACGCCCUGGUGGUGCUAGCCGAGGAGGAACUGGUGGUGAUUGACCUGCAGACACCCGGCUGGCCACCAGUCCAGCUGCCCUACCUGGCUUCCCUGCACUGUUCCGCCAUUACCUGCUCCCACCACGUCUCCAACAUCCCCCUGAAACUGUGGGAACGUGUCAUCGCCGCAGGCAGCCGCCAGAACUCACACUUCUCCACCAUGGAGUGGCCCAUAGAUGGGGGCACCAGCCUGGCCCCACCUCCACCCCAGAGAGACCUGCUGCUCACAGGGCACGAGGAUGGCACGGUGCGGUUCUGGGAUGCCUCAGGGGUCUGCUUACGGCUGCUCUACAGACUCAGCACCGUGAAGGUGUUUCUCACAGACACAGACCUCAGUGAGAACCUCAGUGCCCAGGGUGAGGACGAGUGGCCCCCACUCCGCAAGGUGGGCUCCUUUGAUCCGUACAGUGAUGAUCCUCGGCUGGGCAUCCAGAAGAUUUUCCUCUGUAAAUACAGUGGCUACCUGGCUGUGGCAGGCACGGCAGGGCAGGUGCUGGUGCUGGAGCUGAACGAUGAGGCAGCAGAGCUUGCAGUGGACCAGGUGGAGGUUGACCUGCUGCAGGACCAGGAGGGCUACCGCUGGAAGGGCCACGAGCGCCUCGCCGCCCGCCCCGGGCCCGUGUGCUUUGAGGCAGGCUUUCAGCCCUUUGUACUGGUGCAGUGCCAGCCCCCAGCUGUGGUCACCUCCUUGGCUCUGCACUCUGAGUGGCGGCUUGUGGCCUUCGGCACCAGCCAUGGUUUCGGCCUCUUCGAUCACCAGCAGCGGCGGCAGGUCUUUGUCAAGUGCACACUUCACCCCAGUGACCAGCUGGCCUUGGAGGGCCCACUGUCUCGAGUAAAGUCCCUCAAGAAGUCUCUACGUCAGUCAUUCCGUCGGAUGCGUCGCAGCCGAGUGUCCAGUCAUAAACGGCGGCCCGGUGGCCCCACAGGCGAGGCGCAGGCUCAGGCUGUGAACACCAAGGCCGAGCGGACAGGCCUGCAGAACAUGGAGUUGGCACCUGUGCAACGUAAGAUUGAGGCCCGCUCAGCAGAGGACUCCUUCACCGGCUUUGUUCGGACCCUCUAUUUUGCUGAUACCUACCUGAGGGACAGCUCCCGCCACUGUCCCUCGCUGUGGGCUGGCACCAACGGAGGCACCGUCUAUGCCUUUUCCCUGCGUGUGCCUCCUGCAGAGAGAAGAGCAGACGAACCUGUCCGGGCGGAGCAGGCCAAGGAGAUCCAGCUAAUGCAUCGUGCACCUGUAGUGGGCAUCCUGGUGCUGGACGGACACAAUGUACCCCUUCCUGAGCCCCUGGAAGUAGCCCAUGACCUGUCAAAGAGCCCAGACAUGCAAGGCAGCCACCAGUUGCUUGUGGUGUCAGAGGAGCAAUUCAAGGUAUUCACAUUGCCCAAGGUGAGCGCCAAGCUGAAGCUGAAGCUGACAGCCCUGGAAGGCUCACGGGUCCGACGAGUCGCUGUUGCCCACUUUGGCAGCUGCAGGGCUGAGGACUAUGGGGAGCACCACCUGGCAGUGCUCACCAACUUGGGUGACAUCCAGGUGGUCUCAAUGCCACUGCUCAAGCCCCAGGUACGGUACAGCUGCAUCCGCCGGGAAGAUGUCAGCGGCAUAGCCUCCUGUGUCUUCACCAAAUAUGGUCAAGGUUUCUAUCUGAUAUCACCUUCGGAGUUCGAGCGCUUUUCUCUCUCCACCAAGUGGCUGGUUGAGCCCCGGUGUUUGGUGGAUUCACCCAAAGCCAAGAGCCGCAGCCGGCCCAGUAACGGCAAUGGCACAGGCCCCAAAAGGACCUCGGGCCAAGUCAGGAACUCAAGGAGCCAGAGUGAUGGAGAUGAGAAGAAGCCUGGCCCAGUGAUGGAGCACGCACUGCUCAGUGAUGCCUGGGUCCUAAAGGAAAUCCAGAGCACGCUGGAGGGGGACCGGGGGAGCUAUGACAAUUGGCAUCCUCACCACGUGGCUGUAGGCUACAGGCUCAGCAAUGGAGAAGCAGAGUGAAUGGGACGGCAUCCAGGCUGUGAGAUGAACACACACUACUGAGGGCCUUUCCAGCCCGAGCCGGGCCAGGGGCUGCCAGUGCCCUGGUCACCUUCCUGUUGCUGCUUCUGGUCUCAGGAGAGGUCCCACCAGGGCCUCAUUCCUGGGCCCUGUCUGUCCUGACCCUUUUGUCAAUGUUGCACAGUUUUUAUCCACCCCCCCCCCUUUUGUAGUGGGCUGGGUUUUAAAUUAUAAAUUUUAACCACCUCUGAGUAAAACUGAGUUUUUAAUAAACACCUUGUUUCGUCUUCACU